AGACCAAGCCAACAGGGACAGAAAGAGAGAGCCAGCAAAAAAGAGAGGGCGAGAGGGAGGGCAAGCUUUAAUACUUCAGUGGAGUUAGUUGCCAGCUCUCUCUCAGUCACUACACAGGCCACUGGAAGGCAAUUUCUCUCAUCACAGAAGUAGCAAUACGAAGGGAAAAGGUGGACUUUUGCUGUGGGAAUCAUCCCUUCUCAACUCACCGCAUCUCCUUUUCAGUUUUGGACAGGUGCUUCACAGACAGACACCACCACCGCCACCAUGACCUGGGAUGACCUGUUCUCGCACGACUACCACUCGAACAUGUCGUUCGACUACAACAACACGCCGUGGUUUGUCCACGACUGCAACAUCAAGCUGAACCACGACUACCGGCGCAUCUCCCUCUUCCUCAUGUCCCUCUUCACCUUCAUGGUGGGCCUGGCCGAGAACGCGCUGGUCCUGUGGGUCAACUGGCGCCGGCGCCACUCGGCCAGCGGCGUGCUCUUCUGUGUCCUCAACGUCAGCCUGUCCGACCUGAUGAUGGUCAUGACCCAGCCCUUCUUCAUGCUGGAGUUCACCAUGGACAAGGUGUGGAUCUGGGGCCGCUUCCUUUGCCGGGUCACGCACCUCAUCUUCAUGCUCAACUUCUACUCCAGCUCCUUCUUCCUGGCACUAAUGACUCUGGAGCGCUACCUGUCGCUGGUGUGGCCCAACAUGCGGCCCUUCUUCCCGCGGGAGCGGGUGCAGCGCUGGCUCCGCUGCGGCGGCGUGUGGCUGCUGUCCCUCGUCCUGUCCCUGCUGGAGAACUCGCACGUCGACCUGCUGGAGUGGCACGAGCCGGGCUGCUACGUCAUGCCGGAGUACGACUACGCGGGCUGGUGGGUGGCUCUGACCCUGGUCGCCUUCUUCUUCCAGUUCGUGGGCCCCAGCGCCGUCAUCGUCACCUGCAACGUGCUGAUCGCGCGGGCCGUGCGCUCGGCGCCCGACGUGCAGGGCCGGCGCGACGUGUGGCUGGUGCACGUGUACUCGAUAGUCUUUGUGGCCGUGUGGCUGCCCUACCACCUGGUCUUCCUGCUGCUGAUGAUUGAUGACAUCCACCCCUACCUGAUGUCCUGCAACAUGGUGGACGUGCUCUACUUCUCCUACGACAUUGUGACGGCCAUCUCCGUUUUCCACUGCGUGCUCAACCCCAUACUCUACAACUUCCUCAGCAAGAGCUUCCGGAACAAUCUCCUCAACGCCGUCUCGGAGCACCUGCCUCCCGCCAAGGACCCCGAGGCCAACGCCGCCGACGCCAACGCCAACGGAGGGAGGAAUGGGAUGAAAGGGACGCCCAAUCAGCGCAAGCUCAGCAACGCCAGCACCAGCCAAUCAGGCGUGGACUCCUAGGACACAGAGGAGGAGGAAGUUGCUAUGACGACAGCAGCAUCAGCACUGAGACCAAGACUGUGAAAUGCUGAGAAGUUGUGCCGUACGUAGUUGUUGCUUUAACACUGUCGCAACCUGCGGGCGAGCAUGGAAGAGCACGAUGACAGAGAGGGGAAGAGAGAAAAGAAAAGAGGAAUUUCCUGCCACGCUUCCUGGCUCAAAAAUGUCCCACAGGAACUUCUUUUGAAAAAAAAAUGCUGAACACUGGGGAAGGAAAGGGUUUCCCUAUGACAUUGAACACCUACCGUAUGUCGAUUGCAAAUCAUUCCAGUUCCUCCCCUCAUAGAUAGAUAGAAAGAUAGGAGGAGGGAUACAGAGGAACGUGGUCGGGGACCAGAGGAAAGGACGGGAAGAACUAGAAUAAUUUGCAGACGUUAUAAGAGUCAUGUGAGGGAGAAACAUGGAAGACUGUGAAUUUAAGAAAAAAAAGCUUUUUUUCUUCCUUUCUCAGCACUGCAUCUAUCUACCCUUAGUUUCAUCAUCUCAACGGCCACAAUGGCUAUGAUGUGAUAUAUUAUGUGUUCACCUUAUUUAUACACAUCAUUUCCGAAGCAAGAGCACCAAAAUAUUAUGCACUACUGAAGUGAAUUUUAAAGUGUAAAUAUAUAUGUUUUGUUGAAGUCGUGGACUUAAGAACGUUUCAGGUGAAACCACCGACCUGGGUAUUCUUAUGCCUCUUUUCCACUGCCGGUUUUCUGGUAGCCCUACAGCUCCAAACAGCACGACUCAGCUGCCACUUUUUGCCUUACGAAUAGGCACGAGGUCUACCAGAAAGUUGGUAGUGGUAAAGAGGCAUUUAGUAUCGUUCAUAAGCUUUCUAAUUGAAAGAACAGAACCAGCCACUUGAACUAUAGAAGGCAACUGCAUAUGUGACAGAGAAGAGUGUGAAGUGUAGUGCAGGGAGGUGGUAUACUCUGCCAUUAAAAUAAAUGUGAUGAUCCAAAUAUGGCUUUGGGUCCAAAUGUGUCAUCUUCUUUUUGAAUCAGUGGUUAGCCUCACUGCUUAUAGCUACAGGUUGUAAGAGCAGUCACAACCUCCUGCUAAGACUAUGGACAAGGUUAACCUGACAAGACUGGAAAAGUAUAGCCAAACCAUUGUGUAAAUGUGAAAAUGUCCUUCAAAAUCACUGUGCAUAGAAACUGUUCAUAAUUGUAAAAUGUGGAGGUCUGUGAAUUUCGCAAUUAGUGGGAGGCAAAAAUGUACAUUUAUUGUUACCCAUAAGAACUUUUGUGUAUAAGCUUUGGACGUGUGAAAUGUCUUUUGUGCCAACAUAA